CUCUCAACGCUGCUCGCUCACUUGCAGGACAGCAGCGGAUGGACGAUCAGCUGCACAGAAAGCAAGCUGCUGCCGCUUCUCUUUGUUCUGUUUACUUUGAUCGUCGUUACUCUUGAAUUGCUGUUUUUCACUUCCUGUCAAAAGAAGUCUGAGUUUCUGAUCUUCGCAGUGACACUCUAGUGAAACAACAUGAGCACUAACCUAAUGGCUUCCUUGCAGUCCAGGAUUCAGAUGGCAAAGGAAGUCAAUGACGAGGACAAGUUGUACAGAUACAACGGGGUGCUGUACCCGUGCCUCAUGUGCCCUGAGGAUAAUUUAAAGGCUCUGGAGAACCUCAAGGCCAGAGAGGAUGACAUCAUGCUGGUGGCGUAUCCCAAAUGUGGUUUUAACUGGAUGGUCGGGGUGUUGAAGAAGAUCAUUGCAGAGGCCACAGGGGUAAACACGGAGUACAAGGGGCCGCCGCUGAUCGAGUUUCUUGGACCAGAAGCCUUAAAGGCCAAGGAGGAGACUCCCUCUCCGAGGUUUCUGGGGACUCACAUGCACCCUGACAACAUCCCCGCUUCCUUCUAUGCAAAGAAAACUAAAAUGCUGGUGAUCUUCAGGAACCCUAAAGACACCCUGGUCUCCUUCUACCACUUCUCCAACAACAACCCUGUCCUCCCAGCACAGUCCUGGGAAUCCUUCUUCUCCGACUUCCUGAGUGGAAACGUUCCCUGGGGGUCAUACUUUGAUCACGCUUUGGCCUGGGAGAAGAAGAUGGACGACCCCAACGUCAUGGUUGUCACCUAUGAAGAUCUGAAACAGGACCUGAGCGAGGGCAUCCGUAAGGUUGCCACCUUCUUUGGCUUUAGCCUGACGGAGGCUCAGGUCCAGAAGAUCGCAGAGGGCAGCACCUUCAGCGCCAUGAAGGAGAGCUCCGCUAACUCCCUCGGCACUAUGGGAAACGUCAUCUUCAGAAAAGGAGAGGUCGGGGACUGGAAGAACCACUUCACACCAGAACAGAGCCAACAGAUGGACGACGCCUUCAACAAACACCUGGCAGGAACGAGACUGGGAGCCAAACUCGACUACCAAACGCACUGUCAGUAGGAACCGAGGAAGGGAACGCAGAAAGAAGAGCUUGGGGGACUCUUCUGUCCUGAGCUGAGUCGGAAAGACCUCCCCCGCCGGCACUGAACAGAUCUUUCUUCACCUGGUUUGGACUUCAACCCUGACCACGACAUCAACCCGCUACCAUCUUCAACCUGAAGCAUUUCAUUCUUCAGGAGUCUGCCGACAUCUGCCUGGGAGGCUCAGUUCAGGGCCAAAAUUUCCUAAUGACAGGCUCAAAGAAGGAAAUGAAAGAAAGAAGGUGAAAAGUGCAUUAUGAGUUGUUGUCUUACUCCAACCUGUGAAUUUCUAUUGUUAUACAAGUUCUCCAACAGAAAACAUUAAAGACUGUCUGUAGUUUUUCAAUGAAAUCACGUAUCAAUAAAUCACUUUUUACUUCC